GUGAACACUCGCUCGCACUGACAGUGUUGGAAUCGGAUCGUCCCCGAGCGCGCAGACUAGUAGAAACGAGAGUACACGGCGAACGACUCUUUUGGGAGGAGAUAGUGGAUAUUUUUUUUUUUUUUACCUCUCCGCUCUAACAGCAACAACAAAUUAAAUCAGAUAUUGUUCAGAGGGCCGUGUAACUACAGCGAUCGAAACGUGGGGGGGAACCAGGGAUUUGGUCCGCAAGUUUUUUUUUUUGCAUUUUCUUUCUUUUCAUAAAGGAUUCUGUUGGAGGCUCGCGCACACUUUCGACGCAAAGAUGAUGGUCGGGGAGAUCGAAGUGAAGGAGAGACCGAGGCCGAGUCCCGAUUAUUUGAUGCAAUUGUUAAACGAAAAGAAGCUGAUGACCAGUUUGCCAAAUCUGUGCGGCAUCUUUACACACCUUGAGAGGCUUCUCGAUGAAGAGAUCAACCGGGUGCGGAAGGACAUGUACAACGACUCUAACGGGAUCGUGGAGAAGCACCCGCUGGAGUUACCGGAGGCCCUGGGACCGAUCAUUCACCUGCAGGAGAAGCUCUUUGUGCCCGUAAAGGAGUACCCUGACUAUAACUUCGUGGGCAGAAUCCUGGGGCCUCGUGGACUGACAGCCAAGCAGCUGGAGGCAGAAACUGGAUGUAAAAUCAUGGUGCGAGGGAAGAGCUCCAUGAGGGACAGGAAAAAGGAAGAGCAGAACCGAGGCAAGCCCAACUGGGAGCACCUGAACGAGGAGCUGCACGUCCUGGUGACGGUGGAGGACACACAGACCCGUGCCGAGAUCAAGAUGAAGAGGGCGGUGGAGGAGGUCAAGAAGCUCCUGGUGCCUGCGGCAGAGGGAGAGGAUAACCUGAAGAAGAUGCAGCUGAUGGAGCUAGCCAUUCUCAACGGGACCUACAGAGACACCAACAUCAAGACACACCCCCUUGCGUUUUCUCUUGCAGCGGCAGCGGCCGCCGCUCAGGGCCCCCGCCUCAUACAGGGCCAGAUGAUCCCCCCCCAUCAGCAGAUCAGGCCCCCCACGCCGGGCGGCACCCCGAUCAUGAACAUCAUCCGGCCCCAGAUGGCGGGCAUGUUGCCCAAUGGCACCCCCACCCUGGUGCCCCCCUCUCCGGACGGCGGCAUCAUCUACGCCUCGCCCUAUGACUACCCUUACGCCCUGGCGCCCACGUCCCUGCUGGAGUACCCCAUCGAGCACAGCGGGGUUCUAGGUAAGCGACCGUGGGGCUUUGGCGGCGCCCCGUUUAGUCCCGGACAGGAGGGCGGCUUGUUUUACCCUGGGUUUUUGGACGCGGCUUCGUUGAGCCACGGUCAGGACGUUAUGAAAGGUGCAAUGGCUACUAAAGUGCGACGACAUGACUCACGGGUCCAUCCUUACCAAAGGAUAGUGACCACAGACAGAGCCGCCACCGGCAACUAACACAUGACCUUCUGACCUCUGAACUCUUCACCCAAUGACGAGCCGCCCCCAAGCCUGCCUGCUGAUCAGUUAAAUGGUAAUUGCCUUUUGCUAGUCUCUCGGACGCAGUGAGAGGGAGGCUCCUGCCCAUGCAGUUACCCUAACGUGUUUUUGAUAAAACAACGACGAAAAGAUUUAAAAGAAACAAACAAUCUUAUAGAAACACAACAAACCCUUCAAGUUGUGAUUUUUUUUUUCUUUUUUUUUUUCUGUUCAUUGAGUUGAGUUCUCAUUCUUUCUUUCUCUUUUUCUUCAUGAAUCACAAGCCGGGUGGAUGUUGUCUGAAUUGUAACUUGUGAAUCUGCACUGAAUUAUAUAGCAAUAAAAAUCCUCCCCGUGCCCAACCCUGCCCCCAGCUUGCUCUGAUUCGGGGACCUCACUAGUAUUCACUAAACAACGCUAAACGGGAACUGAACCCAGACUGCAUGUUGUCUUUAAACAUGACCCUCACCCCAGCCCCACCCAGUCCCCUUCAGAUUUGCAGUGCCACGCCCCUCGCUCCUCUAACCCCACCCAUCUCAUUCCACUCCUACUUGUGGGCAAUUUGAAAGAAAAAGAAAUAGAACGAAAGAGAAACUGAACUAAACACUCACUUGUUAAUUUCCUUUUGAUUUCCGCGUCUAGUUCUGUAUUAUGAAGCUCUGAGACUCAUUGAUGUGCGACACAUUCUGGGUGUGCCCAGUCACGGCUGUUUGUUAAAAGCAUGGCUAAAUUGAUUGCAAAUGGAGCUUUUAUUUUUGGUUUAACUUUUUUUUUUUUUUUUCUCCUUUUGGUUAAACUUUAUUUUCUGUCGUUAAUACAUUCUUUCUAAUUAACUCUGUUGUGACGGACUAGCAGGCAGUUAGUGAGGAGGGACGUUCGGGCUGGGAAGAAUUGGGACGAGGUGUUACUACAAUAAGUUAAAUGUGCUGAGGGUCGGGGGAACAGUGGAAAGGUGGAUAUACAUAUGUCAACUAGCUACUGACCUCAACUAGAAUCCUCUACACUAUGUCCAAGUAUACAGUGCCUGAUUUAUUUAGAGAAUCUCAACAAAUUAUGCGAGCUGUGAUCUAAAAGACAAAAAAAAGUAUUAUGUGUGCGUAUUUAGCCAAAGGGUUUCCGGUUGGAUUAUAUCUAUAUACAUGUGUAUCUUAAUCGCAGAGGGCUCUCCAUAAUUUUAAUGUUUUCGUGCCUGUGUAAAGUGCAAGUUGACAGCCAUCAAAACGAUGCAGAUUGUUUAUCAAAGCUCUAGUUUCUUGUGACCAGACAAAGCCGAUUAACACUAAAGAAGGAUUCUAGUGUGUGGGAAGGGGGCCGAUCCUGAUAGUGAAGUUUUGUACAUAAAUGUUUUGUUUUUCCUUUUCUCCUCUGUUUGAUUUUGACUUUUGUUGUUGUAUCUACACCCCUGCCAAAAUGCAUUCUCAAUUUUUCAGUUGAGCAUUUGGCCAAGUCUCACUUCUAGUCUGUUUAUUCUUUCAAAUUUGAUACCAAUCAAUUCAUCAAUAGGGUAUGUGAUACUUGCCUUCAUGCAAAUAAGAAAGCAAAUAAGACAUCAGUUUGACCUGUAAUCAUUUUGGGGGGAAAUUUAGUUUUAACCUUCGCCAUACCAUUUUAAUGUCCCCCCAGUUAGCGCAUCCACAAUGUGUCCCCAUAAAGGUAUUGCCCAGCUCCUGAGCCCAAGACCGUUUCUUUAACUCUUUCUCAAAAAAAAAAAAAAGGAUGUGAAAGCCAUGCCUGCCUGUUAAAAUUGCUUUAUACAUACCUGUUAAAUAUAUAUAAAUAUAUACAAAUGUAGAUACCUGUCAUUGCAUAUUAAAAAACACAGACGAGAACAAAAUUAGAUUCUUUUACAGGGUGCUGGAGAAUAAAAAAUAUAUAUUUUUGGCAAUUUUAGCUUUUUAUACUUAACUUGCAGUUACAAAAUAUAAAAAAGUAAAAAAGUAAAAAAAAAAAAAAAAAAGUAUUAAAAAAAGUGAUAAAUGUGUUACUUUGGAUAUUAUUGGCUAGGAAAUUAAAGACCAAAAUAGUCAACUUAGGAACGUUGCAAGGACUUCGUGUUAACCAAGAAGGAGAGAGACAUUCAGAGAAGAUAAAAAAAAUAAAAAUAUAUAUAUAUAGAAAAAGUGCCUUAUCAACGGUCGUUUCUUUUUCCAAGUGUUAACAUUCUGUUCAAUGAUAUCCAGCACCGACGUGGAAGGCUCACAGAGGUGAGGCUUUGAUGCGCUCUUUAGAGUGGAGCGGGUUAGCUCUCAUUGCUGAGCCACUAAAGUUAUUCUAUGCAAAAAGAAUAGCAGUCGUAUGACCAGCUAAAACAUGUGCCAUCGUUCGUCUUCCCAAGUAUAAGUUGAGGCGUUUUAAUUUCUGGCCCUUUACUCUGCCAUCUGAACAAGUUUUAUCUUAUUUCUGUUUUUUUUUUUUUUUUUAUAUAUUAUACUACUUUCGGGUUACAGUUAUUCAAACACGGAGAAACUGCCUUUGGCAAUGUUGAAGUUGUCUGCCAGGACAAGUGGAGAAAUCAAUUAAAUAUUAAGUCAAUGAAAAUUAACCGUGGGAUGGGAUGUUUGUAUACCUCCUUUGUUUCAGAAGCUGCAAACUGAAAUAUUCUCUCUGCCAAUGGUUUCCCACCACAGUUGGUUAAAGAAGCCAAACCGUAUUAUAUUCAUAUGGCUUGAAGCCCCGAGAGGAUUUUCCCAGAUGUACUUCUGAGCUUUUUGUAUUGGGAGGGGAGUUAUUGCUGAUUAUAGUUCUUGGGCCAAUUGAUGACUCUGUGUUAGUCAACUGUUCCCGUCAUAGAUUUACCAGUGCCAAAUUCUGAAAGGAAAAAAUAUAUAUAAAAUAACAGUGAAGGGGCCUUGCCUCUCUGCAGCUUUCAAGUUUUAACUUCCAAGCAGUUUUGUUAUUGAAACAAAAGGGGGUAUAUCGAAUCACGGCAACAAAAAGUUACAUUUAAACAUGGAUUAUAAAAUAAGUUUGACCUUCCUUGGCAGUCUGUAUUUUUAUUUUUUUUCAUCAAUUCUGUUACACAGAAGAGGUCAAUGAAUUUGUUUUCAGUGUUAUGAAUUCUAUUUAAAAUAACAAAUGAAUGCAAUAUUAAGUGGAGCAAGAGAUGACAGUUCAGCAUUUUGACAGUAUUAAGAAAUAUUCCCUCUGCAAUGUUCCAAUACGCUGUGUGGUUGUAUAAGAUCGGUGUAGUCCACCAGCUGUCUGGUGAAAUAUACCGUAUUCUCUCUGGCCUGCCUACUACAUGUACGAUAAUGUAAUUUACAACCAUUGUUACAGGUUUAUAAUGUAUUUUUCUAAUCUCAUUUUAUAUGUAUAUUAUACAAUCAUUUUCUGACUCCUUUUAAUGACAAUGCCCACUGCAACCUGUUUUAUUUUAAAACCCCCCCCCCCCACACACACACACACACACACACACACACACACACACACACACACACAACCCGUAUAUCUUGAAAUCUGUCUCUCUCAUGGGGAGUGUUGCCUUUCCUAGUUACAUUUUGUUUUCUUUCCAAUUUCUAGCUUGUUUAACUCAUAGCAACUUUAUUCGUUUUCCUUGUCAUAGGUAAUUUUACAUGCUUGCAUUUAGUUUUCAUGGUGUGUGCUGUUAUUUUUCUUAUUAACCCCUUGGCAUUUAUUUUAAUAAAACAUUCUUAGUAAGAAUUUUACUAACUUGCUAUAUUUUUUGUCUUGUGUUCUUUAACCAGUUUAAUGAAUGUACUCAGUCUGGUUCUCGGACUAACACAAUUAAAACCGGUGUCUGGCCACCAAGAACAUUCACUGACUUGCCUGUACACACGUACACGUUAAACACACACACACAAGCACAUUCACACACUCACUAGCAUUGAUAUUUGCGCGUACGUGUAGAGAACGCGUACACACUGGCUAGCAGGAACCCUGUGCACGAGUCGGUCAACCCUCACUGUCACGCGUGUUGCCGGACAAUCUUUUGCUCCACGCUCCCCGUCCCACCCAAUUUCUGCUGCUGUGUCGUCUGUCCUCUCUGUCACUGUGGUUUCACUGUUUACUGGAGAACCGGGGGUGUGGGUGUGGGUGGGGGUGUUGGUGUGGGUGUGGGUGGGGGGUGGCUGAAGUCCCUCUAUUGGAGGUGGCUGAAGUCCCUCGUAUAAUUGCUUCUCUGUCCGCUGACCCUCUGCUCAACACACCUGCUGUGUAGUCGUAGGGAUUUUGACGUGACUGGAGAGAGCCUACACUUGAAUAAUUUAAUAUUUUAAAAGAGUGACUAAAAAGUGUGACAAAUUUUGCUGUCAUGUUAGUCUUUUUAAGAAAAUGAACAUGCAGGUUAACUUCCACCAUGCGCACAUUCUGGUAGCCUCGUCCGGUUAAAGUAGAUCUGUUUCCAGUGUUUUAGUAGACCGACAGUAACAAAAAUAGAGGCCAGAAACAUCACUCCAGGAAGCUCACAGCAGCAGGUCAAACACCAGGGCCUGACAUGAAGGUUGAGCACAAACCUAAUGUUUGUUUUCCAAGAGUAGCUUAGCAGAUUCACUGCCAACGUGAUGCCAACGUAAUGCCCCGGGUGGAUUUACCUGUGGAAAAACGACCACCCCCAAAUCCCAUACGCCCUUUAGAGAAGGACCCCCCCCCCCCCCCCCACCACCAAGGGCUACACACUGUUGGGAAGUUGCCAACCAACUUCAGCUGUAUUGACGAGUGAAGUAUAGCCUGCAGAACUGCUGCAAUCCUGGACAAGGAUACCUCACAGGCUGUUGACCUGCUUCUGCAGACAUUUACCACUGGCUCGUACCGUUAGGGCUAGUUUAUCGAUGUACGUAUACAGUGCCUUUUGAGGCGGUUCUUCUUGGGAAGUGUAGUCUAGAUGGGACACAGGAUUGCCUUGAGGGAAGGGUUACCAUGAUGCUAACCCAUUGUAUCCUACUGCCUUUUCCUCAGAAGUCUCAACUUGGUGUUGACAAUGCACAGACGGAACGCAUCGGGAUCAAAUUUGAUGAUUAUUCCAUGUAAAGAUGUUGGUGUUAGCUUGUACCCCCCCCCAGGCUUUGAAAUCUGAAUGCAGCCAUUAUGUUUUAUUGUCUUAGUUUAAGUCGUAGGUCUUCCUGUGUUCCUCGGUCCUUCAGUUCUUCGUUUUCAUGUUUCUCUUCACUAAUUUGAGGUGUUCAGACUGACACGUGAACCACAGAUUAACUUUAUUAAUCUCUUUUGAUGAUUACACAUUAACCCACUGAGUGUUGCCUCCAAGAUUUCAAAGUACCGCUGCACAAACCACUUCGGCUUUAAUCGUCUAAUUCCUUAGCUUCAACAUGCCAAACAGGCGAGUAAAGCCCCUAACAAAGACUACUUUCUCUCUGCUGUCUGAAAUUAACAAUUCCUCCCUAUCUGAUAAUGGGUGUCUCUAACCCUUGACUUUACACCAGCAGUAAAGAAAACUAAAUACAGCCUAUCAACGGAAGACUGUCUGGACGAAAGGUGGCAUAUUUCCAUUAGGGUAAUGUUUCAGGGUAAUGUUUCAAUGAUACUGGUGUCGUGUCGUCAUAUAACCUUUGUCUAUAUUUAUUCAGUAAAUUGUCUUUUCUGUUACCCAUAACUGGAAUAGGUUUUUAAGCCCUGAGUGUCUCUAUGCUGUCUGAAGUGUAUUUCUGUUUUUUAUUUUUUUUGGGGGGGGGGGGGUUGUUUUCUGAGUUUAACUCAUUAAUAGAAUAUGAAGUGGCACAUUAUGUCUUGUGCAACAAUGGAUUACAAACGCUGCCUGCAAGAUCGCAUCUAGAAACGUGCCUUUUGUGAGAGAUCGAGAAAUAGUUUUGUGCCACUUACCAGUAUCUCCCACACUCGCCCGAAGCCUUUUCGUGGAACAUGUUCAAGUCUUCAGCUAUUCCUGCACACUGUAAAUUCCUUUUUCUUCCCUUUAGUUUGUUGAACUGGAAUAUUUGUCCCAGACAAAUAAUGUCAGUUUGUUUACCACCCCCCCACCCCAACCAUGUUUUAUGGAUGCCUUUUUGGAUUUGUUUGUGCCAAAACGGCAUAAGACGGGCAUACUUCUAAAUAUCUAUAACCUCUACAUUUCCACGAUAUGCAUUUAAUAGAAACGCAGGGCGGCAGUCAUGUGGUGUGGUCUAAACCUGAGGCAUUCACUGUAUCUACGUACAUCUACUUCCUACUGCCUGUAUUGUCAAGGAGUUUGCUUUUGAAAACAUUCCUCAAACUGAAGCCAAACUACGACAGCAGGUCACCCAGUUGACGUGGUCUCAGUGAUGUAACACUGGGGGGGGGGGGGGGGUGUAAAUGGGCUCACAACACAAAAACAUUUAACAAAACACAAUUUGGAAUGACAAUUGAAGCCCCACUAGAAUUGCAGAAAUCUUCUGUAGGUCACCGAUAUGAAUCGGGAGUGAGCCACCCCAUCCAUUUAGGGGCGUGUUUAGUCUGGGAUUUUUUUGUGAGUUAUAAUAUAAUCUAUUUUGUAGUUUGUUGUUUUGUGUUAAUAUCUUUUUAUAGAGGACUACAAUAGGAAUCUGAGUAGAAUAUGAGCUGUGAUUUUGGCAGUUAUGUUCCUCACACCAAAAAGGAAGAUGACAUGUGUGCAAUAAAGUACCAUAUUUGCAAGUG